AUGCUGUAUACACCGUUUACUGGAACACCGACGACCACAUCUGCACUGACGGCUUCUUCAAUCGGAACAAGCAUCUCUCGCGGUGGGGUUGCACCCGGGGCGACAUCAUAUCCCAGUGAUGGAAAUCUUUACCAUGCCGAGCCUGCUCCAUAUGUCCCGGCUGGUGGUGUCGGGACCAACGGAAGCACGCCCGUCUACAACGCGAAAAGCGAUUUCGACUACGAGUCUUUGGCUCUGGCUCUAUACCAGGAAUGGAUUGAGCUCGAUCUCUUCCAAGAGGGACUCAGGCGUUUCGACGAGGCAGCCUUCCGAGCCGCCGGUUUGACCGCUGCGGACCGCGAGGUGAUCGCAUUCAUGGCGCAGCAAGAGAUAGGCCAUGCCACUAUGCUCAGCAAUAUCCUCGGAGCUCAUGCCCCGAAGCAGUGCAACUAUAUCUACCCGUACACCAACGUCAAGGAGUUUAUCGACUUCUGUCAGAAACUCACUCGCUGGGGGGAAGCUGGCGUAUAUGGGUUCUUGGCUCAUCUUGACUCGCGCGAGGCGGCCACUCUCUUGACUCAGUCCAUCACUACGGAAGCACGGCAGCAAUUGAUCUUCCGCCAGUUCGAGGGUCUCUUCCCGAUGGUUGAAUGGUUUGAAGUUGGCAUACCGCAGUCUUGGGCUUGGACACUGCUGGCACCUUUCAUCAGCUCUUGUCCUGAAAAUCAGACCCGGGUGAUUUGGCAAAAUUUCCCAACGCUGAUGGUGGUUAAUCAGCCCGAUCCGUGGAGUCCAGGGGCUUAUCGCAACUUGCCCUCGGGUAAUAACCGAACGACUGGGCAUAACGCUACUGGGUACAAUUUUACUUCGAGUGGCGAUCAGAUCUCAAGGCUCAACACGACUUCCGGGUUCAAUCAGACUGCAGGGUUUAUGUUCAAUCAGACCACUGGAAUCAACAAUACUGUCGGACCAGGCGUCAGCAUUCCCAAGUCAGCAAAAGGCUUCGGAAGAUUCAACUCGUCUGGCUCAGCUAAUGGCUGCGGCGCUGCUGUUAGUAAGGUUCGCCCAGUGCCUCUCUCGGCCCCGGGUCGGACGGUGUUAUUGGAGUGGGAUCUUCCUGGGAAGCAAAUCGGUCCCAACAACAGCUACGUCACCACAACCCAGACGACAGCUGGUAGCGCAAAGUAUGUUCUUUGGGUGUCGCAGCUGAACAUUACUUAUACCCCUCUGGAAAUUGUCAAUGGUACCAACAGCACCAACAGCACCAAUAGUGCCAGCAGCUCCAAUAGGACCAGCAGUACCACUGAUGGCAUUCGAGGAUAUACUACCCAGCCGAGCCUGGAAACCUACCAAGGUGACCCAGCUUUCAAUGGUACCAUCUUUAUUGCCAUUACAGACAGCAAUCCGUACGUGAGUCCAUUCAAUCUGAGCUUGAUUAACCCGCAUGUGGUUGCCGGUCCAGCUCUAUACCAGGCUGGUUGA